CUUCUUGUCGUUCUAGCUGCUACUGCUGCUGCUAAGGUUUCUUCUACAUGAUGACCCAGCGGAAUUUAUGGCACCCAUAUAUUUUCUAUUAUGCUGGCAUUCUCAGUUCCGUCCACGUCUCUUCGUUGCCUCUUUAGCAGCGGGUGAAGAAUUGUAGGACGCAGUGACCUUUGUUGCUCAAUAUGGGUGCCAAUUCGGUAUCAGAAACAGAAGCUCGUAAUGUGUCUUCAAAUCCUGGUCCAAGCAAUGGCGCGGGCACGACGAGCGAUGCAGAGAAGUCUACGCCCUCAAUAGUAUCAAAGGUGUUUCGCAGCAUCUUUCGCUAUUUUCACUUGCUCAAUUAUGCCGAUCCCACCCCUCUCGAUUAUACGCUGCUCAUAGUUGGUACCAUCUCAUCGAUUGGGGCUGGCAUUCCGUUUCCUAUUCUCGGAAUCCUGUUCGGACAGCUCGUCGACGAGCUUAAUGGGGCUACAUGCGCGGCCGAGGACGGCACGGGGUCACAAUCCCCUGGCGAAUACCAGGCCGCUAUCAACCAGAAAGUCAUUCUCGUCGUUGCAGUUGCGCUGGCCCAGUUUGCGCUCAUCUACAUAUACGGCGUGUGUUGGAAUUUGUUCGGCGAGAGGCUUGCGCAUCGUCUUCGGGAGAAGUACCUUCGAUCCCUGCUACGACAGGAAGUGUCUUUCUUCGACAAGUUGCCGGCUGGAGAGGUUUCAUCACGAUUAAGCGCCGACAUCACUACAAUCAAGAAUGGGACAUCGGAGAAGGUUGGUGUGUAUCUCGGCGUUCUAGCGCUUUUCAUCACCUCCUACAUUAUCGCGUUCAUCAAAGGUCCAAAGCUUGCCGGCAUCCUUGUGUCUCUUGUUCCAGCCUUCCUCAUCAUGGUAUUCGGAGGCGGCCACUACGUUGGAAAAUACACAGCUCGGGCUUCAGAGCACAUCGCCUCUGCGUCUUCGAUUGCUCUCGAAAGCUUGUCCAACGUGAUGGUCGUUCAUGCAUUUAGAGCCAAUGAUAGACUCGAGGCCAAGUUCGCUUCCGAGCUCAGAUCAGCCAAAAGAGAGAGUAUCAAGAAGGCUACAGCCGUUGCAAUCCAGUCCGGUGUACUAUACUUCAUCGCUUUUGCUGCUUCCGGCCUUGCGUACUGGCAGGGAAGUAUCAUCAUUGCAGACGUCACAGCAGGUCGCAUCGAAGGGGCAUCUGUCGGAUCGAUUUACACCAUCAUAUUCAUCCUCAUAGACGCAUCCAUCGUCAUCAGUAAUGUUUCACCUUAUCUACAGAUAUUUGCUACCGCAGCCGCAACUCUAGACAAGCUACAAACAGAUAUAGAUCGUCAGUCCAAGAUUGAUGGCACAAUCAAUGAGCCCAAUGAUGAACCGCCACAGCCACCCGAACUAUUCGAGGGCGAUGUUCGACUUGAGAAUGUGGCAUUCACAUACCCUUCUAGGCCUGAUGUCCCUGUCAUCCAAGAUGUCUCCCUGCAAUUCCCAGCUGGGAAGACUACAGCCAUUGUAGGCUUAUCGGGCAGUGGAAAGUCUACUGUUGCCGGCCUACUUACCCGAUUAUACGACACUGAUUCUGGUGAUCUGUUUCUAGACGGGAAGAACAUACGAGAUAUAAAUGUACGCCAGCUGAGAAGUUUCAUCGGCCUCGUCCAGCAAGACCCCAUGUUGCUAAACCGUUCAGUUCUUGAGAAUAUCGCUCUUGGGUUAGUCAAUUCAUCUCGCCCAGAACAUGCGAGAUUUCAAUCCAUCGUACUCAGCAACCAGCUGUCUCAAGUUGCUGAGGCUAUUCGCGAAGGUCAAGAUUUUCUUACGGCAGCAGCGGCUUAUGGUGAAGAGAUGGUUGAGAUUGCUCGGUUAAUCUUGCACGCUGCAGACCUGGCUGAUGCUGGCGUGUUUUUGGGUAAUCUUGAAUUCGGGCUCGGCACCAUCGUUGGACCCAAUGGUGAUCUACUUAGCGGUGGUCAAAAGCAGAGGGUGGCUCUUGCUAGGGCCUUGGUCAAGGAUCCGAGGAUACUGGUGCUCGAUGAGGCGACCUCUUCACUGGACUCGGCCAGUGAGCAGCGAAUCCAGGCAGCUAUCGAGAAAGCUUCAGUGGGGCGAACUGUGAUCUCGAUCGCACAUCGGUUAGCAACUGUGAGGAAUGCUCAUAAGAUCGUUGUCAUGCGGAACGGCAGGGUCAUCGAAGAAGGGAAUCACAGUGCUCUGAUGGCGAAAGAUGCUGACUAUGCUGCGUUAGUUAGACUACAAAAUGUUGGUUCUGAAACAUCUAGUGUCAGUACUGCGCGAGGUAGCAAGCUAUCAAUUGACCUACCAAGAAAGUCAAGCUCCGAAACUGAUGAGAAUAACGGGGACCUUGAUAAAUCGGUCGAUGUGGCUGAACCCAAGGAAGAAGAUGAAGCCCAAGAUCGAGCCUCGAAAGAGCCUCAGCAAACAGCAUGGUCGGCCAUGAAAAAGCUCGGGUCUCUAGCAAGGCCUCAUCUAUUAUGGUUAUUCCUGGCCUUUUUCGGGUCGCUCCUUGUUGGAGGUACAUAUCUCGGUUCAGCGCUAAUAUUUGGCAACACUAUUGCAGCUUUAAGCCCUUGCAACACCGCGCAAGCGAUUAAAGCCGCAGGAGCCUUCUUUGGCCUGCUAUAUUUUGUACUCGCUAUUGUCGAGUUCUUCGCUAACGGGACUAGUUGGUCAAUGUUUGGCCUGGUGGCCGAGAAGAUCUUAUACGUUAUUAGGGUACUUUCUUUCCGCUCGCUGUUCGAACAGGACCUACAAUGGCACCAAUCAGAGAGUCGGACGCCGUCAUCUUUGCUCUCAUUUAUUACAAGCGACACGGCAGCUAUUGGAGGUUUGACGGGAUCUAUCAUUGGGACCUUGUUUUCAGUCCUUGUCAACUUCAUCGGUGCCAUCAUUCUGGCCCACAUCGUCGCAUGGAAAAUCGCAGUGGUGUGUCUCGCCAUCGUGCCUCUCAUGCUCGGCUCUGGUUUCAUGAAAUUGUGGAUUAUCUCUCGAUUCGAUGAAAAGCAUGGGAAAGCGUUCGAUAAGUCAGUUGGUAUAUCUGUCGAAGCUGUCAACUCUAUCAAGACUGUCGCGGCCCUUUCGCUGGAGCAAGAGAUCUUAGCAACGUACCAGCGUUCGCUCGAACUGCCUCGUAAAGAAGUAUCGCGCUCCAUCAUUUGGUCCAACGUCUUUCUCGCCUUAUCGAUGAGCAUCUCCAAUCUCCUUUAUGCACUUGUAUAUUGGUGGGGAUCAAAGCAAAUCGUUUCAGGAAUGUAUACGCAGGCGCAAUUCUUCAUCGUUUUAGUAUCCCUUCUCGUAAGCGCCCAGCUUUGGGGCCAAUUCUUUACUCUCGCACCGGAAAUCACUCGCGCAGGUCAAGCUGCCAGGCGCAUCUUUGAUCUGAUCGAUCUCGGAUCAUCGAAGACGCUAGAAGUAUCAUCACGGGGAAAAGAUCAAGAGGAGAUGAUUGAAUCAAGGACAAUAACACCAAAGACACCGGGACGCGGCCUUGCUGUCAAAUUUAAGCAAGUCAAGUUCUCCUACCCAGCUCGACCCAACCGUCAAAUUCUGAAUGGACUUAACCUCGACAUACCACCAGGCCAAUUUUGCGCUCUGGUUGGACCUAGUGGUGCUGGAAAAUCAACAAUUGUAUCGCUGCUGGAGCGAAUGUACAGUAUUGAGUCCGGUGCCAUUGAGGUCGGAGGGAUUGACAUUAGCGCCAAGAAAGAGGCUAUGUUCCGAGAUGACAUUGGUCUCGUACCGCAAGACAGUGUGCUUUUCGAUGGAAGCGUCCGGUUCAACGUCGCGCUUGGGGCUCGGCCAGGCGCUGAGCCAUCGGAUGCUGAAAUCGAGGAGGCUUGUAAACUAGCCAACAUACAUGACACAAUCAUGGCGCUUCCCGACGGGUACAACACGCAGUGUGGAAACAACGGCGGCCAACUCUCCGGUGGUCAGCGACAGCGGCUCUCGAUCGCCCGAGCCCUCGUACGCAAGCCGCGAUUGCUACUCCUCGAUGAGUCGACAAGCGCUCUGGAUGCCGAAUCCGAACGGCUGCUACAAGAUGGACUUGAAAAGGCAACGCGUGACAUUACGGUGGUGGCCAUUGCACAUCGUCUACACACGAUACGACGCGCUGAUACCAUCUUCGUCAUCGAGGAUGGCCGGUGUGUGGAGAGGGGCUCACAUGAGGAACUAAUGGCGCGUAGUGAAAGCUAUCGUGUCAAUAUCCUCCAUCAAACCUUAGAGGGCUAGCAAAGUCGGGGUUUAGUGUAGGAACUAAUCUGAGCACUAACAGUAAAGGCUGGUCUCAGUCCGAUUAGUGCUUUGGGGAGAAGGACGGGGGGGUAAGAAUAACGGAAAAAGAUCUGAAUGGAGGGCCGAGAUGGAGGGGAUAGGUGGAGAGUAAA